AAAAACCUUGGGGAGUCGGCACGCAUCGAAGCUCUGUAAUCCUAGAGACGACAGAAUGAUGUUUUACAUGGCGAUUGUCCUCGCUGUUGGGGCAGCUUCUGGUCUGAACACUCAGUGCAAUAACCCAGAAAGCAGCGGCUGCCAGGGUGGUGCAGGAAAGGGAACACGAUAUUUUAGAGUCGGAAGUCAAUGCACACCGUCUUCGGCUUGCUCGGAUGAAGGCUACCCCACUCAGGGACAGUGUGAAGCAGCCUGCUUUGUCGGUGGAGGAGGCCUGGAGAAUGAGCUCGACGAAUCAUGCAAUGGUGCUAAACCUACUACAGUAAACUGCAACAACCCAGAACAUGUGUUCUUCUACGAGCCUGAGAGCCGAAAGUGCAAGGAAGUAACGGGUUGUCCAUCGAGCAGCAACUCUUUCGGUUCGGAGGUGGAGUGCCAAGUCGCCUGCGCAACACCCUACCACGCCUUCUUCGGCUGUAUGAUGCUUGGGGUCUCCCUCACCCCAUCAUCACUACAACUGUAUAAAAAGACAAAGCCUUCUUCACCUCAGCACUAG